CAAGCACAAUUAUAUCGUCUCUUUCAAUUUCUUUCACUCGAAUAAGAAAAAGAAAAAAAAAACAAGUGUGACAAAAGAUGUGUGGAGGUGCCAUAAUCUCCGAUUAUGAGCCCGCCGGAAACUUCUACCGGAAACUCUCUUCUCGUGACCUCUGGUCUGAGCUUGACCCUAUCUCCGAGUACUUGUCCUCUUCCUCCUCAUCCUCCACUGUCGGAAAAGCUGAUUCCGCUCAGUCGCCGACGACUCACUCCGUCGAUAAGCCUAAGAAAUCAGAUACCGGCAAAUCUUAUCAACUCAAAAAAGGUAGCAGUGUGAAGGUUGAGAAGGAGAGCAGUGUGCCAGGUCCAAGGCCAAGGAAGAACAAGUACAGAGGAAUAAGGCAGAGACCAUGGGGAAAAUGGGCAGCUGAGAUUCGUGAUCCUCAGAAGGGCGUCCGUGUGUGGCUUGGUACAUUCAACACAGCAGAGGAUGCUGCCAGAGCAUACGAUGAGGCUGCUAAGCGAAUUCGCGGUGACAAAGCCAAACUCAACUUUCCCCAACCACCUUCCAGCCCAUCACCACCCGCUAAGAGACAGUGCACUGUCGCUGAUCCUCCACCAGCACUCCUUGAGACUUCUAAUAACAUAAUAUCUGAUCACAACUCUUCGUUGAUGAUGAACUUCGGAUAUCAGAACCAAACACCCUACUACCCAAUGGAAAUGACCGCUGCUAAUGAUGAUUAUGAGCUCAAGGAACAGAUUUCCAACUUGGAAUCGUUCUUCGAAUUGGAGCCAGCUAAUUCAUCUCAGUUUUCAGGGAUCGUUGAUUCUGAUCCUCUUAAUGUUUUUCUGAUGGAGGACUUUGCUUCAACUCAGCAUCAGUUCUAUUGAACAUGAUCAAAUUGAGUUGUUUGGGUGUAUUUUCUCGGUGAGUGAUGAGUGACUAGUUAAUUAGCUUUUGGCUUUAGUAGUAAUAGAGAAAGUACAUAUGAUAAUAAUAAGUUGCGUGCCUUAGCAUGCAAUUGUAAUAGUAUUAAUGCUUGUGGUCUUGUGCUGUUUAUAUGCUUUCUAAAUCUUGGAUUAUACCCUUA